AUGUUGGGGAAGGCGGCCAGCUGCAAUGACACAAGCCAGGGCCGGAGGGCAGUGGAGCAGCUGCGGACAGAAGCCGGGCUGGAGAGAAUGAAGGUCUCCAAGGCAGCCUGCGAGCUGCUGCAGUACUGCCGGGCGCACGCCCAGAGCGACCCACUGCUGACCAGGGUCCCUGCCUCUGCCAACCCCUUCAAAGACAAGAAAACCUGCAGCAUCCUGUGAGGACGCUGGACCCAGAGCCCCCUCCGGACAACCCGGAGCAGCCUGUGAAGAGAGGGGCAGCUGGGUUCCUAUCAGUCCCCCCUCCCACCAGUGUGACCCUGGCCCCGGCCAGCCAAGAGGGAG